CAACGCCGCGCAGAUCGAAAAAAAAACAAUGUGCUGGCUGGAAAACAGAGUCAGCGGAAAAGUCAACGGAAAAGCGGCAAAGUAGACAGCAGGAAAAGCGGAAAAUGGCCAGGAACACGGGCAGUUCCUCCGGCUCCACGCCGGCCUCGGCGGCGGCGGCGGCUGCCGCGGCAGCGGCCUCCAGUGCCAAGCAGAAGCAACAGCGCAGCCCCCGCUUCAGCCUGUCCUCCAACUUGAUCCUGGACAAGUGGAAGACCAUGAUCGGGUGCGUCUGCCUGGCAAUAGCCUCGUACUUCGGCUACUUGGGCUACCUGGAGACGCGGGUGAACACGCCCUUCGACCACCAGAAGAUGGUGCUGCACGCCGGGCUGGAGCAGCCGGAUCGCUACUGGGGCUCCUACAGGUCCCUGAACUACUUCGGCAUGAAGACCCGGGAUCCCCACUCGCUGGUCAUGGGCUUGAUGUGGUACUCGCCCAGCAACCUGGGCCCCGGCGGCCAGGGCAUCCGCCACUGGUGCGAGCAGGGCGACAAACUGGACUCGUACGGCUGGACGCACCACGAUGGCCGUAGCUUUGGCGUGCAGGAGAUCCAGGAUCUGCCCUUCGAGCUGAAGACCUCGUUUGUCAAGUACCCGGAGGGCAAGCAGUACGGCGGCGACUGGACGGCCCGCAUCUCGGUGCGAAACACCACGCGUGCGUGGGACAAAAGCAUCUCGCUGAUAUGGUACGUGGCGCUGGACGAGCGCACCAAUGGGCACAUCAAGUACGUGUCGGACGAGAAGAGCCCGGAGCCGGGUGUCUAUGGCGAGACGCAGGGACUGGGCGAGUUCCAGGUGCGUUUCCACGCCGUCAAGGGCAAGAUCCUGCACAAGUCCUACCUGAGCACGGUGGCCCCCUCACUGGCCAAGCUCAAGGACACGCUCUUCGGGCACUUUCGCGCCUUCGCCGACAAGCGGGGCAAGCGCUUCAUAGGCCUGCCCGGCGAAAUAGUCUCCCAGAACGGCCUGCCCGCCACCAAUCCCGAGCCCAACUUCAUAGCCAUACAGAUCACGGCCGAGGUGGACUUCACGCUGGAUAUUACCUAUCAGUCGACGUCGGGCUUCUCGCUGGGCGAAUCCAUACCCAAGCCGCCGACGGGCCGAGCCUAUCAGGACUCGUUGCAGGCCAAGAUCUCGCAGUUUGAGCAGCGCUUCGAGGAGCGCUUCCAGCUGAGGCAGAAGGGCCACUCGCCCGAGGAGGUGCGCUUCGCGCGCAACGCCUUCAGCAACCUGCUGGGCGGCAUUGGCUACUUCUACGGCGCCAGCCGGGUGCAGUCGGUGCACACCAAGAACCCGGUGCCCUACUGGAAGGCUCCUCUGUACACCGCCGUGCCCUCGCGUAGCUUCUUCCCGCGCGGCUUCCUCUGGGACGAGGGCUUCCACGGGCUGCUGAUCAGCGCCUGGGACGUGGACAUCGAGCUGGACAUCCUGUGCCAUUGGUUCGAUCUGCUCAACGUGGAGGGCUGGAUACCCAGGGAGCAGAUCCUGGGCGUGGAGGCGCUGGCCAAGGUGCCCGAGGAGUUUGUCACGCAGCGCAACAGCAAUGCCAAUCCGCCGACGUUGUUCCUCACGCUGCGCAAGCUGCUGACCAGCCACAGGGCCGAGCUGUCGCAGAACGGACGACUGGCCACGCUGGAGCGGCUGUAUCCCCGGAUUCAGGCUUGGUUCAACUGGUACAACACCACGCAGAGAGGUGAAAUACUGGGCACUUAUUUGUGGCGCGGCCGGAAUGCCACCACGGAGCGUGAGCUGAACCCAAAGAGCCUGUCCUCGGGCCUGGACGACUAUCCGCGUGCCUCGCAUCCCACGGACAAGGAGCGGCACCUGGACCUGCGCUGCUGGAUCGCCCUGGCGGCCAGCGUGAUGGCCGAGCUGUCCACGCUGCUUGGCAAGGACGAUGUCAAGUACUACGAGACGGCCUCCUUCCUCACGGACAACGAGCGGCUGAACCGUCUGCACCUGGCGCCCUACAGCGAGCAGUACGCCGACUGGGGCCUGCACACCGACCAGGUGAAGCUGAAGCGUCCGCCCGCCUUGGCGCCGCAGCAGCAGCAGCGGCAUCAUCACCACCAGCAGUACCAGCAGCCCGAAAUGCGGCGGGUGACGGGCGAGGAGCCCACCUAUCAGUUUGUGGACAGCACCUUCGGUUAUGUCAGCCUGUUCCCGCUGCUCCUCGAGCAGCUGGAUCACGAUUCGCCCUAUCUGACGAAGCUGCUGCACGAUCUGCGCGAUCCCGAGCAGCUGUGGACCAACUAUGGGCUGCGCUCGCUGAGCAAACGCUCGCCGCUGUACAUGAAGCGCAACACCGAGCACGAUCCGCCGUACUGGCGCGGCCCCAUCUGGAUCAACAUCAACUAUCUGGCGGCCAAGGCGCUGUACCACUACGGCAGGAUCGAGGGCCCCAACGCCGCCCUGGCGCGCCAGAUCUACGGCGAGCUGCGCGACAACCUGGUGGGCAACAUCUUCAGGCAGUACCAGCGCAGCGGCUACCUCUGGGAGCAGUACGACGACACCACCGGCGAGGGCAAGGGCUGCAACCCCUUCACCGGCUGGACGGCCACCGUGGUCCUGCUGAUGGCCGAGCAGUUCUAGACGGCGGGCCCGCCCCCCACGUUGCUCUCUGCUGUGAGUUCCUCAACGAACAUCCUUGCCAGGAUUCCUUAAACCGAUGAUCUACAUGUUUGUGCUUAGGAUAGAAGGGUUUUCGCUGACCCCAUAAUCGAGGCGAUCAGUGCUUCUGGGCAUUCUUAUAAAUGUGCUUAAAAUGUAGCCUAAAAAGUAAUGGAAAUCUUGGCUUUAGGUUAAAGCAAAUAGAUUUUUAAAGCAGUCAAGUAAAUUUGCUUAAAUAGUAGUUUAAAAACCAUGGAAAAUAUUUAAAAAUGUUUUUAAAUCUAAGAAAAAUGUUCAAACUUCUGGACUGUGAAAGAUAUUUUUGGUUUAAAUCAGUCAAAUAAAUUUGCUUAAAUUGUAGUCAAACAACUUUGGAAAAGGUUUAAGCAAAGUCAAAGAGUUUUUCAAAUCAAUGAAAUAAAUUGUUUUAAAAUGUGACACAAAAAUUAUAUAAAAAAUCUUCAAACUUCUUUAGCUUUUAAAGAAUAAAUUGUCUUAAAAUGUAGAACCCAGCUUAAUGAUUUAUCUCUAAACUUAUUUAGCUGUUAACUAUGUUUUGUUGUUCAUAAAAAAUAAGUUCUUAUGAGAGAUCUUCCAUCUUAAGGCACGCGUUUACUUUAAACUGUUAAUAUACUUAGAUAUUUUAGAAUGCUCUCGCCUUCUUGACAUAUUUUAACAUUUUCUUUAAGAAAACCCCUCUAUCCUUAUAAGCACUACCUUAUUGUAUGCAGUCCUCACAUAUUCCAGUCUCUAGUUGCUGUACAAAGCUCAAGAAACUCUGACAACAAACCGAGUGAAAAGUGAAUCAAAUGCGGUCAUUCAUAGCGUUAAAUAGACGAAUUUCAAAAUGAUACCAAAUAAAAGGAAGAGUAAAUCAAAA